AGAGAGAGAGAGAGAGAGAGAGAACGUAAACAAAGCAGUGAGGGAGAGGAGAGAAAUGGACGAGGGAGAGGAAGAGGGAGAGGUGCUAGCGGCGGACACUUCCCAGCUCUCCCUUCAAUUGGACACACUCAUAGGGCAUGUAGAGGACAUUAUUCUGGACGAUGAGUUCUUCAGGCUGCGUGAGGGCUUCCUUCACAACCACUGCCAGCUGUUUGAAGACCAGGAGGAGAACAAGCUGGAGUAUAUGGAGGUGUACAAGGAAUAUCUGCAAGUUAUAGAGGGCCACCUGGAAAUGGAGCUUGAAAGGAGAGCGCCUGACUUACAAAUAUCAACACUUCUUCAGACACUACCCACCUCCUCCUCUUCUUCCUCCUCCUCCUCCUCCUCCUCCAGUGUCUGUGAGGGAGAGGUAUUCGAGAUGCUCCUCACACUUAGUGACUUUGCAGCCUUCAAGAAAGACAUGCUGGAAAUGAAGAAGAGUGAAGAGAACGACACUUCAAAACUGACAGAUCUUUUGCAAGUGACAAGUCUGAAAUAGUGUGUGUGUGUGUGUGUGUGUGUGUGUGUGUGUGUGUGUGUGUGUGUGUGUGUGUGUGUGUGUGUACACAAAGGUGUAGGGACCAAAUAUGCUCAUGCUGUGUGUAUAUUAUCUUUAUGUACGCAUUUAUUUUUACUUACUGAUUUAUUUGUUUAUUCUGUCACCUUCGCUCAUUUAUCGUGUGUUUUGUUGAUGUUGACCUAAGCUAACCUAACCUAACCUAACCUAACCUCAACCAAACCUAGCCUAAACUAACCUUAACACAAUCUAACCUAACCUAACCCAACCUAACCUAACCUAACCUAACCUAACCCAACCUAACCUAACCUAACCUAACCCAACCUAACCUAAUCUAACCUGACCUCAUCUUAAACUAACACCAUAAAUAAAUAAAUAAAUACAAAUAAUCUAAACAAACCAGUCUUGAAUGUACAUAUUUUUGGUCCAUUUAGCUUAAAGUACAGAAUUAUUAUCAUUAUUUUUAUUUUUAUGAUGUUUUUUUCUAUUUUUAUUUAUUUUUUAUUUUUGCUUUUCAAUGUAUAAGUUUCCAUCAAGUUCCUAGCAUAGACCAAAUGUAGAAACACCCACAUUAGCAACACUGGGUGACUGAUGGCAACACUGCAUGGGGAGGGAGGGAGUAACACUGCAAAUAUAUAAGGAAAAAAAAAAAAACACAACAUACCCAUUAUUAUUAUCACCACCAUUAUUAUUCCAUUAUUUUUCACGUAUUCAUCAACUUCCCUAUUCAAUAAUCACUUUCAUUAUGUUUGUAUGCAAUGUUCAAGUUUCUCGGCCACAGAUUUAUUGUUUAUGUUUAUAAUUGAUGCAAAAAAAAGUGUUGUAAUGUGUUUUGUAUUCACUGGAAGAUGAAUAAAUUUAUGCAUUCAC